AUGCUGGGAAAAAUGUAAUUUCCGAACACCCGGUCGGUCUUAGCGGGGGACAUACAUCAAGUGAAGGACGGAGCUUUCGUAAGAAGCCCAUAUGAUGGUAAAUUGAGAGCUGGGAACUCCCCCCUUAUUAAGUAGCCGAUGGUGGAAAGAUUCUUCCCACUUGGAAAGAGGCUUUCCUUUCUUGGACAUCUGCUGGUGGAGCUUCCAGUAGCUAGAGAGAGAGGAAAGGGGGUCCAGGAGCAGCUCCUGAAAUUUCUUACUUUCCUGAGGGGGGAGGCUUCAAGCGGGCUGCGCUCACGUUUGGUCCGUUCAGAAUUUUGGGGGAACUUCAGUAGACUUUUUGAUGCGCUGCUGACCCUUUAGAGCCAAACAUGAAGAUAGGGCUGUCUCUGGCCACGGCUGCCUUCCUGGCGGCCCUGUUGUCCUCCAUAGAUGCUCAAGUGGAGCCGCCCUCAAACUUGAAAUUUCACAUUCUAAAUGAGAAUACAGUGGAAAUGUCGUGGAUGAGACCCUCGGCAACGAUAGAGGGCUUCAAAAUACAAGUGCAAGUGCCGGAUGGAGAUGAACCGACCAGAGACUUUACCCUAGAUGCAUCUGCCACUAUGACAUCGCUCACUGACCUGACCCCUGACUUGGACUACUCUGUGUCAAUAAGCUCCUAUUAUGGCUCAGAGGAGAGCAUCCCCAUCUUUGGACAACUGACCAUCCAGUCCAGUAACAGCAGCGGACGAGUCAGGAGGCCACAGGCAGAUGCAAUCAAGUGUUCGGUCAGUGCGAUAGCCGACUUGGUUUUCCUGGUGGACGGCUCUUGGAGUGUAGGAAGAGAAAACUUCAAACACAUCCGGAGCUUUAUCGGCUCGCUGGCAGGGGCCUUUGACAUUGGCGAGGACAAAACCCGUGUGGCGGUGGUUCAGUACAGCUCAGACACUCGUACAGAGUUCCCCCUCACUCGUUACACCAGGAGAGGAGACCUGCUCCAAGCUAUCAACUCACUUCCGUAUAAAGGAGGAAAUACCAUGACAGGCGAUGCCAUAGAGUACCUGGUGAGAAACAUUUUCACUGAGGCAGCUGGAUCCAGGAAAGCUUUUCCAAAGGUAGCCAUGAUCAUCACUGAUGGAAAAUCCCAAGACCCAGUGGAGGCGCAUGCUAGAAGACUUAGGAACAUUGGAGUGGAAAUAUUUGUCCUAGGUAUCAAAGGAGCAGAUGAGGAUGAGCUCAGGGAAAUAGCCUCCACACCUCACAGCAAACACGUGUACAAUGUGCCCAACUUUGACAUGAUCCAGGAGGUCCAGAAAGAGAUCAUAACACAAGUGUGCUCCGGUGUUGACGAGCAGCUGAACAUUCUGGUCAGCGGAGAGGAGAUGGUGGAGCCAGCCUCCAACUUGGAGGUCACAGAAGUUUCAUCCAAGUCAAUGAGGGUGACGUGGGCCCCGUCUCUGGGUGAUAUCACGGGCUACAAGCUAACCCUCAAUCCCAUGCUGCCCGGCAUGAAACGCCAAGAGCUGUACAUUGGGGCUGGACAGACAUCCGUCAACGUCCGUGACCUUUCCCCCGAGACCGAGUAUGAAAUCAGCCUCUACGCACUCAAAGGUCUGACUCCCAGUGAACCCAUCGUUGAACUGGAGAAGACGCAGCCUGUCAAGGUGUCAACAGAGUGCUCACUGGGAGUGGAUGUGCAGGCCGAUGUAGUCCUGCUGGUCGAUGGCUCGUACAGUAUCGGAUUACAAAACUUUGCAAAAGUCCGUGCCUUCCUGGAGGUUCUGGUCAACUCCUUUGACAUCGGACCAAACAAAAUCCAGAUUAGCUUGGUCCAGUACAGUCGCGACACAUACACCGAGUUUGCCCUCAACACUCACCAUGACAUUAACGCUGUCGUCAGAGCUGUGCGCACCUUCCCCUACCGCGGCGGUUCCACUAACACCGGCAGGGCCAUGACUUACGUCAGGGAGAAGAUCUUCGUCCCAGCUCGUGGAGCGAGACAGAACAUCCCCCGCGUCAUGGUCCUGAUCACAGACGGAAAGUCGUCAGACUCUUUUAGGGAUGCGGCCACCAAACUGAGGAAUAUUGAUGUGGAAAUAUUUGCUGUUGGCGUGAAGGAUGCGGUGAGAUCAGAGCUGGAGGCCAUCGCUAAUCCACCGGCUGACACCCAUGUGUAUGAGGUGGAGGACUUUGACGCUUUUCAGAGGAUCUCUAAGGAGCUGACUCAGUCCAUCUGUCUGAGGAUUGAACAGGAGCUGCUCAACAUCAAAAAGAGAAGUUUGCUUCCACCGAGCGAUUUGCGCUUUUCUGAAAUUACCUCCCGAAGCUUCCGUGCCACCUGGGUACCUCCUCUUGCCAAUGUCUUGUCUUACCUGCUACGUUUCCGCAAGGCGGAAGAUGUCACCGGAGACUACAUUUCCCUGGCUUUGCCCGGCGAUACCAACACAGCUGUCCUUCCCCAUCUUUAUCCCCUCACCACCUAUGAAGUCAAUGUCUUUGCUCAGUAUGAUAAAGGAGACAGUUUCCCUUUGACGGGUGAAGAGACAACUCUCGAAGAACAAGGAGCUGUAAGAAAUCUACGAGUGACAGAAGAAACAACCAACAGUUUCAAGGUGUCGUGGCAAGCCGCGCCGGGUUCAGUGAUCAGAUACCGCCUGUCCUACGUCCCGCUGAGCGGCACAGGAGAGAUACUGGAGGCUCAGACCCUUGGCCCAGAGACCACCAUAGUCCUCCAGGAGCUCUUCCCCAUCACUACCUACCGUGUGUCUGUGUCUGCUGAGUACGCAUCCGGCCUUGGAAGCGAGAUGCAGGUGGAUGGAACCACCAAGGAGGUCCGCGGCUCUCCCCGUGACCUGCGUGUCUUCGAUGAAACAAUAUCUACGAUGAAACUGGCGUGGAGGUCUGCUCCUGGCAAUGUUCUUCAAUACCGCAUUGCCUUCAAACCUGCUGAGGGAGGUGAGAGGAAGGAGAUCUCUGUCAAAGGAGACACCACCCAGGCUGUACUUAAGAACCUCCAGCCAGCCACUGAGUAUGAGCUGUUUGUCAGCGCUCGCUAUUCUUCUGGUUUGGGCGAUCCUCUCCUGGGCACCGGAACCACCUUAGAAGAGCUCGGCUCACCCAGAGACUUGGUGACCAGUGACGUCACAGACACCAGUUUUGCCGUGUCUUGGACCGCGGCCCCGGGUAACGUUCGUCAGUACAGGGUCACGUACAAGUCUCUGUUCACUACGGAGUCUGGGGAAGCAGUAAUACCAGGAAGCAGCACCACCACAGUUUUGCAGGGUCUCACCCCAGAGACACGCUACGAGGUGUCUGUGUUUGCCGUCUACGGCCAUGGAACGGGCCAGGCAUUGGUUGGAGAAGAAACCACAGAUGUUUCAGCUGCUGGCAGAUCGAUCGUCGUCUCAGAGGAGACGGAGAAGUCCAUGAAGGUGACAUGGCAGCCGGCACCUGGAAACGUCGUCAACUACCGCGUCACUUACAAACCACAGGCAGGAGGGCGCCAGCUGGCGGCCAAAGUGCCCGGUGGCACUACCACCACUGUGCUGAGACGCCUUACCCCUCUCACCACUUAUGACAUCACUGUGGUGCCCGUUUAUCGCUCCGGAGAAGGCAAAGCAAGGCAAGGGGAAGGAACUACAUUAACACCUUACAAAGGCCCGAGGAACCUCCAGACUUCAGAGCCCACCAAGACCAGUUUCCGUGUAACCUGGGACCACGCUCCCGGUGACGUUAGGGGCUACAAAGUCACUUACCACCCAGUGGAGGAUGACAUCGACCUGGGGCAACUUCUGGUUGGUCCCUAUGAUAACACUGUGGUGCUGGAAGAACUCAGAGCUGGUACCAAAUACACAGUGAGUGUGUUCGGUAUGUUUGAAGGAGGGGAGAGCAUGCCGUUGGCUGGAGAGGAGUACACCACCUACUCUGACGCACCUGAUCCUCCAAAUUUUGACAAGCCAAAUACGAUGUGUAGGACCAAUGCUCAGGCUGACAUUGUGCUUCUGGUGGACGGCUCCUGGAGUAUCGGACGUCUGAACUUCAAGACUAUUCGUGCCUUCAUUGCACGUAUGGUGGGCGUCUUUGACAUCGGCCCUGAUCGGGUCCAAAUCGGGCUUGCUCAGUACAGCGGAGACCCAAAGACCGAAUGGCACUUGAAUGCUCACCGAACCCGAGAGUCUCUCCUGGAUGCUGUGUCCAACCUGCCCUACAAGGGAGGAAACACCAUGACAGGUCUGGCUUUGAACUACAUCCUCCAGAACAAUUUCAAAGAGGACGUCGGGAUGCGUCCCAGCGCUCGAAAGAUUGGCGUCUUGAUCACUGACGGAAAAUCGCAGGAUGAUGUCAUUGCCAACUCUCAAAACUUGCGCAAUCAGGGCAUUGAGCUCUAUGCCAUCGGUAUUAAGAAUGCAGACGAGAACGAGCUGAGGUCCAUCGCCUCUGAGCCGAAUGACAUUCACAUGUACAACGUGGCUGAUUUCUCCUUCCUGCUGGACAUUGUGGACCGGGUUUCUGACAACCUGUGUAACAGUGUCAAAGGGCCAGGAGGCGCUCCAGAUGCACCCACUAAUCUGGUGACAUCAGAGGUGACUCACCGGUCCUUCAGAGUCACCUGGGACGGCCCCGACGACCAACCAGAAAAGUACCGUGUGGAGUACAGGACUUUAUCGGGAGCCCCACAACAGGUGAUCGUGGACGGCAGUCAGACCACUGUGGUUCUCCAGAGGCUGAACCCUCUCACACAGUACCUGGUCAGCGUCUACUCCGUGGUGGGAGAGGAGAGCAGUGAUGCUUUGGAUGGAAAAGAGACCACACUUCCUCUGAGUGCCGUGAGGAGGAUGGAGAUUUACGAUCAGCAGGUCACCACCAUGAGAGUGAGAUGGGAAAGGGCACCGGGAGCCACAGGCUACAUGCUGCUCUACAGCGCCAUCAAUGCUACGCAGCCCACUACAGAGCAGGAGAUCAGAGUGGGCGGCGACACAACCGACGUCCAGCUGGUGAAGUUGCUCCCCAACACGGCCUACACGCUUUCCCUAUUUGCCCUCCAUGGAGAAUCAGCCAGCGAACCACUGACCAAACAGGGAGUCACAUUGCCCAUGCCACCUGCGGGAGAACUGAGGGUUCGGGAUAUUACCCACAGCACCAUGACGCUUGACUGGGAUGCUGCUCCCGGUCCCGUUCGCAAGUACCUCAUCACCUAUAAGCCUGAGAGUGGAGAUGCAAAAGAACUGGAAGUGGGAGGACGCGUGACCAGCAGACAGUUGGAUAACCUGAUCUCUCAGACCGAGUACGCUUUAGCUGUUACUCCAGUCUACGACGAAGGUCCCGGACAGCCGAUGCUGGGAGAGGCCAUCACAGAUGUGGUUCCAGCACCAAAGAACCUGCGAUUCACAGAAGUCACGCAUACCAGCUUUGUAGCUCACUGGGAGCAUGGAGCGCCUGACGUGGCUCUGUACCGCAUUGGCUGGGUUAAGAAGGGAGAUGCCAACACCCAAUACGCCAUUCUGAACAAUGAUGAGACGACCCACCUGCUGGAGAACUUGGAGUCAGACACGCCCUACGACGUGUCCGUCACUGCGAUCUACCCGGAUGAGUCGGAGAGCGAGGACCUGCUAGGCACCGAGAGGACAUUGCGCCGUCAAAAUGGUUCCCCACUGCCUCUUCCAGCGCCCACCAACCUGGUUGUGUACAAUGAAACCACCACCACUCUGAACGCCAUGUGGACUCCACCGACGGGCCGUGUCCAGAACUACAAGAUCUCUUACGUCCCCACAUCUGGAGGCAGGAUUCAGACUACCCAGGUUGGAGGAAAGAAGACUACAGUCCUGCUUCCUAAGCUGACGCCUGACACCGAGUACGCCAUCAGCGUGGUGGCAGUCUAUGCCAAAGGAGCUAGCGGACCGCUGGAGGGCAUCGGAAAGACCAAGCCUCUGGGUGGUGUUAGGAACCUGCGGGUAACUGACCCCACCACCAGCACCCUGACCGUCCAGUGGGAGCCUGCUGAGGGUAGCGUCCGUCAGUACAGGAUCUUCUAUGUGCCUGCAGCUGGAGGAGUGGAAGACAUGGUGCAGGUAUCAGGCAGUACCUACAGUACCGUCCUGAGGAACCUGGAUUCUGAUACUGUGUACACUGUGUCUGUGGUUCCCGUAUAUGCUGCUGGAGAAGGACUGCGCAUGUCUGAGAACGGCAAAACAUUGGAGCGCAGCCCCGUCAGAAACAUCCAGGUUUACAACCCCACCACCAACACUUUGAACGUUCGCUGGGAAGCUGCCACAGGUCCAGUCCAGCAGUACCGGGUGGUCUACUCUCCUCUGAACGGUGCCAAGCCUUCAGAAUCAAUUCUGGUACCAGGGUCAACCACCACAGCCUUGUUGCAGCAGCUGCUUCCAAACACUGAUUACAAUGUGGGAGUUGUUGCUCUGUACAGCGAUGGCGAAGGACCUGCUAUCAUGGAUGAAGGAAAGACAUUGCCUCGAAGUGCCCCGAGGAACCUGCGCGUAUACGACCCCACCACCACUACCCUCUCUGUCAGCUGGGACCAUGCAGAUGGUCCUGUCAUGGAGUACCGCAUCACCUACGCCCAGAUCACAGGAGACCCGAUUGAGGGAUAUACUACAGUGCCAGGAAACCGAAACAACGUGAUCCUGCAGAACCUGGACCCGGACACGCCGUAUAACAUCAAAGUGACCGCCAUCUAUGCUGAUGGAGCAGGAGGAGAGGUGGAUGGUGACGGACGCACAGUGGGAAUGCUCGGCCCCAGGAAUCUGCGUGUUUCUGAUGAGUGGUACACCCGCUUCAGGGUGUCCUGGGACCCCGCCCCCUCCAGGGUUAACGGAUACAAGAUUAUCUACCAACCUGAGGGCUCGGAUGAGUCCAUGGAGGUGUCUGUUGGAGACGUAACCUCCCACCAGCUCCAUAACCUGAAACCUGGAACCACCUAUGACCUGAAGGUGUUGGCACAGUACAACACGGGUGACAGUGCACCUUUGGUCGGUCAAGGCACCACCUUGUAUCUGAAUGUGACGGACUUGAACACCUACAACGUUGGCUACGACUCCUUCUGCCUCCGAUGGGCCCCUCACAGAGCGGCCACCUCUUACAGACUCAAAGUCAAUCCUUUUGAUACCUCCAGGAGCGGGGCUCAGGAGAUCACCGUCAGAGGCUCAGAGAACAGUUACUGCUUUGACGGCUUAACCCCCGACACUCUUUACAAUGCCACCGUGUACACGCAAACGCCCAAUCUCGAGGGACCUGGAGUCAGUAUCAAAGAGAGGACGUUGGUUAAACCCACCCCAGUGCCAACAAAGGCUCCCACUCCUCCUCCUCCAGCAACAGUCCCACCUGCGUUAGAUGUGUGCAAAGGUGCCAAGGCCGACCUGGUCUUCCUGAUCGAUGGUUCCUGGAGUAUUGGAGACGACAGCUUCAAUAAAGUCCUCCAGUUUGUUACAAGCAUGACUGCAGCCUUCGAUGUCAUCAGCCCUAAAGGCAUGCAGGUUUCAUUUGUGCAGUACAGCGAUGACGCCAGGACCGAGUUCAAACUGAACACCUACCACGACAAAGGCAUCGUGAUCUCAGCUCUGCAGGGCGUCCGCUACAGAGGAGGCAACACCAAGACAGGCAUUGCUUUGAAGCACGUCUAUGAGAAGGUGUUCACCUCAGACAACGGCAUGAGGAGGAACGUCCCGAAGGUGCUGGUGGUCGUCACGGACGGACGCUCCCAGGAUGAGGUCAAGAAGAGUGCAGAGAAGCUGCAGCAUUCUGGCUACAGCAUGUUUGUGGUCGGAGUGGCCGACGUGGAUAUGACCGAGCUGAGAAGCAUCGGCAGCAAGCCCAGCGAGAGACACGUGUUUGUGGUAGACGACUACGACGCUUUUGCCAAAAUCCAGGACAACCUGAUCACCUUCAUUUGUGAAACAGCCACUUCCACUUGCCCUCUGAUCUACAUCAAUGGAUUCACCACGCCUGGCUUCAGGAUGCUCGAGGCGUUCAAUAUCACAGACAAGACAUUCGCUGCCAUGAACGGUGUGUCCAUGGAGCCGGGCUCCUUUAACAGCUACAUCGCCUACAGGCUGCACAAAGAUUCCUUCCUGAACCAGCCCACCAAGGAGAUCCAUCCGGAUGGUCUUCCCCCUUCUUACACCAUCAUCCUGCUCUUCCGCCUCUUGCCCGACACGCCCUCUGAAGCUUUUGAUAUCUGGCAGAUUGCCGACAAAAACAACAACCCUGAAGUCGGGGUCACGGUCAACCCUUCCAGCAAAACAGUCACGUUCUACAACAAGGACACCCGAGGAGAGAUCCAGAGAGCCACAUUUAACGAGCAGCAAGUGAGGCGGGUUUUCCACGGCAGCUUCCACAAGCUCCACAUCACCGUCUCUCCAGAGAAAGUCAAGCUCAACAUUGACUGCCAAGAGGUGGCAGAGAAGCCCAUCAAAGAGGCCAACAACAUCACACUGGAUGGCUAUGAAGUGCUUGGCAAGAUGGUCAAGUCUGGAGGUGGAAGGAGGCAGUCUGCUACAUUCCAGCUCCAGAUGUUCGAUAUCGUCUGCAGUUUGAGCUGGAUCAGCCGAGACAGAUGCUGCGACCUGCCUGCAACAAGAGAUGAGGCCAAGUGUCCAUCCCUUCCUCACUCUUGCACGUGCACGCAGGACAGCAUCGGCCCCCAGGGACCUCCUGGACCUUUGGGAAGCCCGGGCACCAAAGGACCUCGAGGAGACAGAGGAGAUCCUGGCAAGCCUGGUUCGAUGGGUCCACGUGGUGAGCAAGGACUUCCAGGUUCGAUGGGACCACCAGGUCCACAAGGCCCUAACGGACUCUCUCUGCCUGGAGAACCAGGUCGCCCAGGACCGAAGGGAGAUCCCGGAGACCCAGGCAUGCCCGGUCUGCAAGGUCCUGCUGGACAGCGCGGUCCUCUGGGCCCCGUUGGACCGAGCGGAGCGCGGGGGCCACCAGGAAAGGAGGGACCAUCUGGACCCAGAGGCCCACCAGGACCCAUGGGAAAUCCUGGAAAUCCAGGUGUUCCAGGAAUAACAGGAAAACCAGGAAAACCAGGAGAUCCAGGAAGUCCAGGACCUGUUGGCCUUAAAGGAGAGAAAGGAGAGAGGGGAGAUUUUGCAUCCCAGAACAUGAUGCGCUCCAUUGCCCGACAAGUUUGUGAACAGCUUGUGAACAGUCAGAUGAGCAGAGUCGACAUGCUGCUCAACCAGAUUCCUUCCGGAUAUCGUAGCAACACUCCUGGACCACCUGGGCCUCCGGGCCCUCCUGGCAACACGGGAUCCCGCGGAGAGCCCGGACAGCCUGGCCGAACUGGUUUCACUGGAAACCCUGGUUUACCUGGAAAUCAAGGAGAAAGAGGUUUGCCAGGAGAUAAAGGAGAGCGAGGGGCUCCAGGAACCGGUAUCAGAGGACAAAGAGGUCCAAGUGGACCACCAGGGCCACCCGGAGAGUCACGAACCGGAUCCCCGGGGCCUUCUGGCUCCGCUGGGCCUCGUGGCCCUCCAGGUCGUCAGGGCACUCCAGGCGUGAGGGGACCACCGGGACCACCUGGGUACUGCGACUCCUCUCAGUGUGUUGGCAUUCCUUACAACGGACAAGGUUACACAGGUUUUGCAUAGUAAACGUUCUAAGUCAACUGUGCUGCUUACACUUUGAAGUCCCGUUUCUGAGAUGUUUGGCCGUUUGCUAUGGGGCAUGUAAGGAUAAAUCGCCACGGACAUGAUUAUUGAACAUUUAAAAAGAAAAAAAAAAAACACGAAUGGAGCGGACUAACAUCAUCUCACAGCUACAAGCUACGGUGAUGGCAACCUGCUGGUCUGUUUGCAUCUUGAACCACAAACCGUUGGGAGAUAGAAAGCAGAGACUGAGCACUUCUACAGAGGAAGGAGCAUGUACAAAUACCACCCAAAACAAGUACUAACAUAGAGGAGCGUUAAUGUAGAGGUGACACGUGUAAAUAAAACUAAUGUUUUGCCUUGUAAAUGAUUGUAUGAAACGAGACAUUUCACUAAAAAUCAAGUUAACAUCUGUAUUGAGCUCGUGCCUUGUAACCCUCUGCUUACUUACAUCAGCAUAACCCCUGUUUAUGACGCCUGAGUGCCCUAAACAGCUCUGGUCCAGACUGAAGCAUGUUUCAUUUGUACUUUUUAAUCAUCGUGCUCUUUGUGUACAUUGGUGAAAAUGGUGCUAAAUGUUGCUUUCCUGCUAUUUCCAUUUGUCUUUUAUAGUAUCAGCUGGUUAUGUUACUAUGUCUUUUUUAUUCAAUAUCUUGUUGGGUUUUAUUGUAAAUGUCAUCACAGCUUUUAAAACUUCUUUUUGUUACUUUAGAGAGAAGCAGUUUGACACAGGGCAUUUUUUAAAGUCCACAGUGCAAUAUAAUUUAAAAUUGUGCAUGUGAAAAGUUGCAGAAGCAGCCCGUUUUUUGAUUGGCCAUCCUCAAUAUGUUUCUAGCCAACCAGUACCCACCUGAACCCGAAGUAGUGAAUAUACCUGUGGAGCCAGCUGGAGAGUUUGAGACACGAAACCCCAGAGGAAAGCGAUCGCU